AUUGAUCCAAAACUUCUGUGACCCGCAAAAGGGUUUCAAUGGUAGACGUUCAAUCCCCACUAUCUUUUCAGUGUGGUCGACUUGAUUCUUAUAUCUGUCUUAUUUUUCGGCUCAAGACUUAAUACGAUCUAAAAAAAUGGAUGGACGGUUUGGAUAUAAUACAUACCUCAUAAUGGGACCCACAGAGCACGUCAAUACAUCAGCUAUAUAGCUGAUGUGUGGUAAGCCAACCAAUCCGCUUCCCCCAUUCACCCCAUUCACUGUCAAAUGCACGCAAACUAUCCUUAACUGCGCCGCGUGUACUAAAAUAAAAAAAUCUUUAACUGUAAACGGCCAAAUCUGCGAUCUGGACCAUCCAAUAGGUUUCCAAUUCCAGUAAUGUCAGUUCUCUUCUUUUCCUGCUUCCAGAUGGGGCGGCGAUAAGAUCGUCCACAGCGAAAUCUUCGGUGUAGAAGAUCGGACGGUGAUAAGAUCAUCUACCGCAAAAUCUUCGUUGAUUGCACUGAGAAAAUCAUGAGUCUCUACGAUCAAUGGAAGGCUGUUUUGAGGAUUCAAAAGUUCAGAAGAAUAGUAUCGUAUACGGGAUUCUACUGCUUCGUCGCUGUCCUAAGCUACGCAUACACAAGCAAUACAACGAGAGCGGGUAUUUCUAGAGCGGACCAGUUCUAUGCAUCUUACCCGGCUGGGACGGAACUACUAGCAGACACUGCAAAGUUAUAUAAAGCUGCACUUGCGAAUUGCUUUGAAGAAGAGGAAUGGGGCCCAAUUGAGUUUUCCAUCAUGGCAAAACAUUUUGAGCGCCAAGGGAAAUCACCUUAUGCCUACCAUUCCCAAUACAUGGCACACCUUCUUUCUCAUGGACAACUUGAUGGAAGUGGCGCAUAGAGACAAUUUCCGGUUCCUAUCCUGGCCUGCAGAAAUAGCCUCUGUUUUAUGUCUGAAAAGAACUUUGAUACUCUGGCAGAGUGCGAUGGAUGGUACGCAGGCACUUUGAAAUUACAUUGCGUUGGUGGUCCCAGUUUAGAUGUAUCACGAAGUGAAAAUUGCAAUUAUUUUAUUAUUCAGAUCAUUUGACAUUUAUCAGACUGUUAAAAAUAAAAAUAUCCAAUGGCCUUAUUCAAGCAAACUAGUGUCCAUGAAUUAUAGGUUAGGAUUGCUCAACUAAUCUGAUUUUGGGACUUAGUGAUAGUGGUUCCAUAAUUUAAUCGGAUUAAUUGGAGUUUAUGGAUGCUUCGUUUUACAA